CUCACUAGAGGAAUUACUUCUCUGGUAGAUCCUGUCGGCUAAGGUUCUGCAAUCGCUGUGUUUGCUAAAUUGCGCUCAUGGGGCUACUUGACCAGCUCUGGGAUGACACCGUUGCCGGCCCUCGGCCAGACAGCGGCCUAGGGAAACUCAGAAAACACGCCACCUUUAGCUUCCGGCCUAACUCCGGCAAGGAUUUGGAAGCUGCGAAUCCAAGAUCUUUUGGAGAUGAAGCGGGUGAGGAUGCAGUGAGGGUUACGAGAAGCAUUAUGAUAGUGAAGCCUCAAGGUGUUCAGAAAGACUCGCCGCCGGUUUCUCCGGCCGGAUCCACACCUCCGGUUUCGCCGGCUGGCUCCACACCUCCGGUAUCUCCUUUCGCCGGUUCAGGAGGAAGAGAGGCGUUUCGUUUUCGUAGGAGGUCUGCAUCGUUUGCUUACGAGAAGGCUAGUGGAGUUGGACCCAGGGGCCCUCCUCCUCCUCACGACAUGUGAGCUUUUAUCCUUCUUUCCCUUGAGGCUGCUAUAUAUGUCGUUGGAACAAUGCUGUUUUGUUUCUGUUCAAGAAUGUGGUGGAAAGGUGUUGGGGAGCAAGAGUGCUGUUAGUGUAAUUAGAUGUAAAUGUGUGUUCUCCAUACACUACAGUGUUAUUUCGAGUGCAUUAGCGUGAGGCUGUUUGAGUUGUAAGGAGUUCACUUGUAAAAGGGUUUCCCCAGUGCUUUAUAAGUUCAGUUUCUGUUUUUUCUUUUGAUCUUA